CUGCUGAGCUGCAUCACCUUGAAAAGUGGCACCAUGGAUGAAGAUGAUUUACUUCCUUGUGUGGUGAACAUCCCAGGCUCCCGACAUGCAAGCAUGAAUGUGGUUCUUGGCUGUGACAACAAUGCUGUCCUUCAUGCGGUCGACUAUGGAGCCAAAACUGGAGCCAUGGAGAAGUCUGACGUGGCCCAGGGCGCACCUGCGUGCGCGAGGUGUUCUGGAGCAGCGGCCAGUUCCCCGCCUGGUGGCGGCAGCUGGCCAACGAGUCGGCCGGCGUGUUCUUGGACGCGCAGGCGUUUGAGCUAACUGGCGACGAGACGGCGCUGCGCCAGAGCCUUCUGAAGCUCAGUCGGCGCUACAGGUCGUGUCUGCGGGCCAGCAUGGAGACGGUGUCGGCGACGGACGCGGCCGAUGCGGAGAUGCAGCGUCAGCUCCUGGACAGCAUGGAGAUGAUCUGGCACCUCUGCGAGAUCCUCCUCAUCGAAAAGAAGCGAGGGGGUGUGGUGCUGUACCAGCUGCUGGACUGGGUGCGCCAGCACGCCACACAGUUCGACAGGGCCGCCGCCCACGUCACCGAGGCAGAGGUGCCAGAGAGCCAUCCCGAGUACUGGAACACGGUAUACGGCUUCGUGCUGCAGGGGCGGCAGGACGCGGCGCGGAAGCUGCUGCGCCUGCACGGCAGCUUCGGCACGGAGCCGUUCGUCAGCGCCGACGAGCUGCUGCGCAAGACGCCGGCGGGCGGCGAGGCGAGCGUGGCCGGCUUCGAACUACGCUGGCGCGGCUGGCAGGAGCAGUGCAUCCGCCGCCUGGAGGACGGCGAGUUCGGCUUCAGCCCUCGCCUCCAGACGCUGGUCAAGAUUCUCUGCGGCGACGCUCCGACCUUCGAGGACCUGUACAAGCAGAUGGGUUCCUGGUACCACCUCAUGGUGUCCUACACCCUGUACUCCCGGCCCUGGGUGGGCAUCUCCGACCUCAGGGACGCGGCCGAGGACAGCAUCGAGGUGUUCGGCGGCGCCAGGCAGCACUCGGCGCUGGACGCCAUGCUGCACGCCGUGGUGGACGGCGACGUGCACACGCUGCUGAAGACGGCGCAGGCGACGCUGCCGGACGGCUGGCUGACGGCGCACCUGGCCGACCUGCUGCACCGGCUGCCCUACGGCGGCGGCGGCGGGCGGCGCACCAGCUUCCUGACCGAGCUGCGCCACCACCUCGUGCUGGAGUACGGCGGAGCGCUGUUCGCGGCCCGGCCGCUCUGGCAGCUGGGCGCCGUCUACCUGGACGGCUGCGGGCCGCAGGGACGCGCCCGGCUGGCGCUCCUGCUCGAGCGGCUCGACCCCGACUCCGACCGGCGCGCACGCAAGAUCAUCGAGGUGGCCGAGCGGCGCGGCCUGACCGAGGUGGCCAGCUCGGUGGCGCAGGUGAUGGGCCGGCGCGCGCUGCGGGCCGGCCAGCUGGGCACGGCGCUGGCCUGGGCGCUGCGCUCGGACAGCACGGCGCUGGCCUCGCGGUUAGCCGACACGCUGGUGCGCGAGUACAGCGGCACCGGACAGUUCGCCAGCGCCGACUUCAUCGACAACCUCGGCGCCUGUAUCCUGAAGAGCGACCGGCUCAUGUUUCUCGGUAAAUACCGUGAGUUCCAUCGGCUCUAUGAGGAGGGUAAGAUGGCAGACGCUGCCUCUCUGCUCGUCACACUGCUCACGUCACAGCUGGCACCCAAAUACUUCUGGAUGACGCUGCUGCUGGAUGCCGUGCCGCUUCUGAAGGGCGAGGAGGUGGUCAUAUCGUCCGCACAGACAUACGACCUGAUCGGCUGCGUGGAGCAGCUGAGGCGGGCUGAAAAACUGGACGAAGACUCGGCCGACGUGAAGCUGAUCCGUCUCGCGCUCUCCCACAACCUGGCGCAGGCCAUCAUCGUCGAGGGCUCGAGCGCCGGCUGAGGCCCUGUUGACGCGGUCGCCAUCGUCCAGCCGUGUGUUUGUAAGAAAAUACAGUACAACCAGCG